AUGCCCAUUAUUUCCGUUGCUGAUUACCAGCUCGCUCAUCAAACCUUUGUAAAACAUGGCGACGACUUUUUUGAUCGCAUUUCAUUUGGAAAGCUUGAUGAUUUGACCCGUGGUGGAGCCUACGGCCUACUAUUUACUGGCGGUGACUUGGCGCGAGAGCAUCGGCGAUUUGGCCUCAGGGUUUUUCGGGAGUUUGGCGUUGGAAAAAGCUUAAUACAGGAGAAAGUAAGAAUGCAUCUGGUCGAAAUUUCUGUUUUCAAGAUACUGGAAGAGACAAGCAUUUUGCUGUCAAAGAUUGACACCAUUUGCGGGAUUCCAAACAUUGAUCUUGUGCCGUUUACGGAUAUUGCAGUCGGGUCCAUCAUAAAUUUGCUUAUGUUUGGUUAUAGAUAUACGGAAGGUGUACGUUGUGCAUAUCGUAACUUAAAAAAGUUUAGGGGCGGGAGGAAGAGUUUUACAAGAUGAAGAAGCAGGCUACCGACCUGGAACGGCAUGCACUUCAUCCAGUCAUUGGCUUAUGGAUUGUUUUUGACUUUAUACACAAGGUCCCAUUCUGUAAACGACCUUGCGAGACGGUAGUAAAAUGCUUCAGAGAAAUGCUCGACGAUAUUCAGACUAAGAUUGAAGAACAUAAGGUUAGGUUACGCAGCGGAUCUUGCACAAAGGCCGCCGAUUACGUUGACGCCUACCUUAUGGAAAGAGAGAAGCGAGAAGCUACCGGAGAGGACACAAGCCUCUACAGCGACUUACAACUGCAGAGCAUUUGCGCCGAUUUCUGGAGCGCUGGUCAGGUCACAACGAGCGCCACAAUUUCUUGGUGCAUUGCUUUUUUGAUCCAUAACCCUAAAGUCCAAGACACGGUCGGUGAAGAACUUUAUCGGGUGAUCGGACGCGACAGAAUGGUUGCAAUGACUGACAAGAACAGUCUUCCCUACACAAAUGCAGUUAUUGCCGUAUGUUGGACAACUUUGGGGAUGAAUAACAAGUCUUGUUCACUUGCAGGAAGUGCAACGCCGGACAAACCUUGUAGCCGAAAAUUUGUUUCGGACUGCCUCGAGAGAUUGUGAAAUUAACGGCUAUCAAAUAAAAAAAGGCCAAGUCGUCUUACCGCAGGUCUCCGUACUUUUAGAAGACCCUGAAGUUUUCCAAAAUCCGAAAGUGUUUCGUCCUGAACGUUUCAUCGAUCAAAAUGGGCAGUAUCUCCGAUCCGAUGCCCUCUUACCUUUCGGCGUUGGCAAACGCUCAUGUCUCGGCGAAGGUUUGGCCAGAACGGAGUUGUUUUUGUUUCUGGCAAAUUUAAUGUAUCGAUAUCGGGUAAACCAUGUUUGUUUAUUUUACCUCGUAAAAAGUCCUGAGGUUACAAAUUCUGUUGCGCUCUUACAAAACAUAUUUGUUGCUGCGAAAACGAUAAUAAUAUAAGGCAAAGACUGAAAAUGCAUUGCGAAAUUUUUUUUGGAUCAAAAUGCAUUGUGCAAAGCAUUUUUCUGCGGUUUUCACAUUGACGCCUGAGCAAAUUAUCAGGACUUUUUGCAACAAGAAAAUUAUUGUUUUCUCAACAUUAUUUUUAGUUUUUACCGGGUGAUGACCUACCGGUCCUGGAAAAACACGAGAACGGUGGAGCUUUUCCAAUUACUCCGUACAGAUGCAAGGUUAUUCGACGGACUGCUUCGGCCGCCUGA